AUGCCUUUAUUGGUAGCCAAUUCCGGACCUUCCAUCAUCCAAUUUGGAUUAAAAUAUUUGGCGAUUGUGGUAUUUGUGGUAUUCAGUUUCUAUGUUCGACAUGAAGUAGCUAAGGUUGUUAAAGAUCCAUUUAUUGAUGAAAUAUUCCACUUAAGACAAUGUCAGAAAUACUUAGAUUACAAGUUUCAUGAAUGGGAUAACAAGAUAACUACACCCCCUGGAUUGUAUUUAUUGGGCUUUGCAUAUGAUAAAGUGUUGCAAGGUUUAGCCUUUAAAGAAUUGGAUACCUAUGCAGUUUUACGAUCAUUAAACCUUGUUGGUGGAAUAUUCGUUCUUCCUAUAAUAACGGUACUAUUCAAACGAUCAUAUAAUAAUCAAUUCUGGUCCUUGAAUAUCAUCAGUCAACCAUUGUUGUUCACAUAUUAUUUCUUGUUCUAUACUGAUAUCUGGUCAACCAUUCUAAUUAUCGCAUCAUUAGCACUUGUGAUCAACAAACCACAUAUCCAUUUGAAUGCAUAUUCUAGUGCAUUACUUUCAUUCUUAAGUCUUUGGUUUAGACAGACAAACAUUAUAUGGUCAGCUUUCAUACUAUCAGUUUUAAUUGAUAGAAGUAUAAUAAUUAAGAGAAAUAAUCCACUUAACUUUAUCAAUAGAAUAAUUAAAUUCGUAUUACAAUUGUUUAAAAAUUGGAUAAAUGUUAUCCCAUUUGCUUUCAACGUUAUACUAUUCAUAAUCUUCCUUAAAGUUAAUGGUGGUAUUACAUUUGGUGAUAAAGAAAAUCACACCAUUAAUUUCCAUCUAGUUCAAGUGUUUUAUUGUUUUGUAUUUAUAGUGUUGUUCACAUGGCCAGUUUGGUUACAUAAAAGAUUCAUCAUUGAAUAUUUAAAAUUUUCAAUCAUCAGAAAUUAUGGACUUAAUCUUAUUUUGAAUAUAUUAUCAUUAUUUAUUAUUAAAUAUAUCAUAGACAAUUUCACUAUAGUUCAUCCAUUUUUAUUAGCAGAUAAUCGUCAUUAUACUUUUUACAUUUUCAAGAGAUUAAUCAGUCAUAAAUAUAGUCAAGUCAUAAGUAUUCCACUAUAUCAUUUCUCCACAUAUACCAUUAUCAAAUCUUUAUCUGAAUCGAAAAAGAUUGGAUUAUCAUUUAUAACCAUAAUUGCUUACUUAGCAUCAAUAUUAUUAACGAUUGUUCCAUCACCAUUAUUUGAACCAAGAUAUUAUAUUGUUCCAUUGAUAGUGUUCAGAUUAUUCAUUCAACCAGCAUCAAAGGAAAGACACUUUUUGGAAUUCAUAUGGUUAAACUUAAUUAACGUACUUACAACUGUUGUAUUUUUUAAAUACGAAUUCAAAUGGGAAAGUGAAUCUAGCAUUCAAAGAAUAAUUUGGUGA